CAUCUUGAAAUAAUUGUGCUUGACUGGAACCAAAUCUUAUGAAGUCACCAAGGAUGAGAGUCUGUGCUAAGUCAGUGUUGCUGUCACAUUGGCUCUUUCUGGCCUAUGUGUUAAUGGUGUGCUGUAAGCUGAUGUCUGCCUCGAGCCAGCACCUCCGGGGACACGCAGGUCACCACCAGAUCAAGCAAGGGACCUGUGAGGUGGUCGCUGUCCACAGGUGCUGUAACAAGAAUCGCAUAGAAGAGCGAUCACAAACAGUCAAGUGCUCCUGCUUCCCAGGGCAGGUUGCAGGUACAACUCGGGCUCAGCCUUCUUGCGUUGAAGCUUCCAUCGUGAUUCAGAAAUGGUGGUGUCAUAUGAAUCCUUGCUUGGAAGGAGAGGACUGUAAAGUGCUUCCAGAUUACUCAGGUAACACGGUAGCGAAGAGAGGUGUGCUUACUCCUGGAGGAGUGACAGGAUGCAGAGGUCUCCUAUUUGGAUGA